ACCCAGCGGCCAAAGCCCGCCCGGGACAGCGCCCUGGGCCUGGUGGCCUCUUGCGGGCUUUGCCUGGGAGAUGUUGCGCCUCACAGAGCUUUCCGGGAAGAGCGCGGACUCGGCGGAGAUGCGGUCCGGGGCCCUGGGCCACUGCAGGCACUUCUUUUGGCUAGGCGUCGCCUUCGACACGGUGGGUGUGGCAGUGCUGUUCACUGGCGUCUUCGCCAACCUGCUUUUCUACGACAUGAUGCUCUAUCUGGGUUCCAUCAUCAUCUUCGUCAGUCUCUUGUGGUGGAUCUUCUGGUACACCGGCAACAUCGAGGCGCUCCCGGAAGACCCCUUGAGGAGGACUUCGCCUCGCGCGGGAGAGGUCGGGACGCACCGCAGCGGCAGCCGUCGCUUCUCACUGACCAUCAGGAGUGUCUCCAACACCUUCCGGCGCAUCCGCCGGCGGCGGCGGCGGCGGCGGCUCCUCCCGAGGGUCCUCCAGAUGAUGAGUAGCCUCAGCUCGACCGACCCGGGCCAGCUGGAAGGGAACAGCGAUGCCUGGACCGAAGGUGGCAGAACUUCGUUCCAUCCGGCGAAGCCUGUGUCCAUUCUAAACAAGCUACAGCUUUGCUCAAUCCAGGCCUCUAAGAGCCUGCCUCUGGUCCCUUUGCAACAUCCUCUCACCAUUUGUACUUCUAGGAGUCAGCCUGUCUUUUCGGUGACCUCUCAGUGCUACCCUCUGGAGUCUGGAGCUUCUGGCAGCUACUCCCAGAUGGUUUUGUCCUCUGACAGUCAGGUGCCUGUGGACCUUGACCCUCAGGAGCGCUCUAAGAUCAGUGUGGCCUCUCGGAUCUACCCUGUGCAACGGGUAGACAGUCAGAGCCACCUUCUGGUGCCCGUGCCCUCUGAAAGUUCCCCUGUGGUACCCCUGACCUCUCAGAGCCAAGUGCAGGACUCUGUGUCCUCAGGCAGCUAUAUGACUGUGGACCUUGACCCUCAGGGGCGAUCUAAGAUCAGUGUGGCCUCUCGGAUCUACCCUGUGCAACGGGUAGACAGUCAGAGCCACCUCCUGGUGCCCGUGCCCUCUGAAAGUUCCCCUGUGGUACCCCUGACCUCUCAGAGCCAAGUGCAGGACUCUGUGUCCUAUGACAGCUCCAUGCCUGUGGACCUUGACCCUCAGGGGCGCUCUAAGAUCAGUAUGGCCUCUUGGAUCUACCCUGUGCAACGGGUAGACAGUCAGAGCCACCUCCUGGUGCCCGUGCCCUCUGAAAGUUCCCCUGUGGUACCCCUGACCUCUCAGAGCCAAGUGCAGGACUCUGUGUCCUAUGACAGCUCCAUGCCUGUGGACCUUGGCCCUCAGGGGCGAUCUAAGAUCAGUGUGGCCUCUCGGAUCUAUCCUGUGCAACGGGUAGACAGUCAGAGCCACCUCCUGGUGCCCGUGCCUUCUGAAAGUUCCCCUGUGGUACCCCUGACCUCUCAGAGCCAAGUGCAGGACUCUGUGUCCUAUGACAGCUCCAUGCCUGUGGACCUUGGCCCUCACCUUCAGGGGCGCUCUAAAAUCAGUGUGGCCUCUCGGAUCUACCCUGUGCAACGGGUAGACAGUCAGAGCCACCUCCUGGUGCCCGUGCCCUCUGAAAGUUCCCCUGUGGUACCCCUGACCUCUCAGAGCCAAGUGCAGGAUUCUGUGUCCUCAGGCAGCUAUAUGACUGUGGACCUUGACCCUCAGGGGCGCUCUAAGAUCAGUGUGGCCUCUCGGAUCUACCCUGUGCAACGGGUAGACAGUCAGAGCCACCUCCUGGUGCCCAUGCCCUCUGAAAGUUCCCCUGUGGUACCAGUGACCUCUCAGAGCCAAAACCCGGGCUCUGUGGCCAAAGAAGGCCAGCUCCAGAAUCUUCCUUCUGCCUCUCAAACUCAGCCUGAGACUGGUAAAGCUUCUGAGAGCCAUACUUUGGGUAUGGAGGUUCCUGUAGUGCCACUUGGGUUUGCCCAGACUUCUCAAAGUCGUUCUUCACGUGUCCAGGAGGUUGCUAAGAACUCAAGUGCUAAAGCUUCUGAGACUCUCCCAGCAAUCAGCCAGAAACUAGCUGAGGAACAACUUGACCCUUCAUUGAUUGUCUCUGAGGUCACACAUUCAGACAGGCAGUGUGACCCUACUGGCAACCUUCCAGCCACCAGCGGAGUGAGAAAAAGUCACCCUUUCUAAUAGGAUCAGACCCCAGCCAUUUGUAUACUAAGGCCUUUGCCAAGUAAGUGCCUCCGAAGAAAACUUACCUACCACUGUCCUGGUAGCUUCUCAACUCUUGUAAUUAGAAAAAAGUGGCCUUGGACUUCAGAGAUAAGUCACUUUGAGAGUUGGUAGGCUUUUAAAACUAGUUCUCAGGUUUUGACUAUCAGACAAUAAAAUGUUGUUUUGUUUAAGGUUAGAGGAGAGGCCAGAGGUGUGUCGUUCUUUAGGAAGUGCCAAAGAGGGAGGUGGAGAAUUGGAUUCUGCAAGACUUCUCCUGGAAGAAGACAACUUUAGUUUGCACAGGGACACUGAAUCUUAGGAAGAGAGUUAAUCUUUUUCAAUACAUUUGGUUUUUGCCAAAGAGGCUAUACUUUGUUAGGGGACAAUGCUUCAGUAGGCUAAAACUAAACUCAGCUAGAAUUUAAUAAUCUUUGCAAAGAUUACAAAGAUUAAAAACCCUAUCUCAAAAACAAAACAAAUUUUUGUUUUUCUUGUUAUUUUUCAAGACAGGGUUUCUCCGUGUAGCCUUUGCUGUCCUGGAAGUCACACUUAUAGACCGAGUUUGCCUCAAACUCAGAGAUCCUCUGCCUCCCGAAUGCUGGGAUUAAAGGCAUGGGCCACUGUAC